GUUAGAGUGAGACCUAACAAGUCGUGUAACAACUAUAGCAACGAUAGGCUGACACAUGUGGAGGACAACCACUGCCACGAUUGCACCGACACUACAGACUCAGCGCACGUGAAGCACGCGGACGACAACCACCGCCCGGACCACACCUCCCGGCCCUCCACUGGCGAGCGACCACUCAAGAGAUGUCAUACUUUUAUAGCGCAUAUAAUGCGGCAAAAGAGUAAACAAGUGUUGGUUUGUCUCGUGUUGGCCAUCAUUGUCACCCUUUUGGCCGCUAUUAACAACGGAGGUCUUCGCACCCGAAAGACACCAAACCCUACAAAACUUUUCGACGAAGACUUAUAUCCGAUAGUGGAUUACGAGUUCGGAGAUUUGAGACAACUAUCACUCCGUGCCCUUCAAAACGAUGUCUCGUUCGUCAUG